AUGUGUGGUGUGUUAGGUAUAGCAUUGGCAGAUCAAACCAAUACGGUGGCUCCUGAACUUCUCGAUGGAUGCCUGUUUUUGCAGCACAGAGGUCAGGACGCCGCUGGGAUUGCCACCUGUGGUGACAGAGGCCGUCUUUAUCAAUGUAAAGGUAACGGCAUGGCCAGAGAUGUGUUCACUGAAUCGAGAAUGGCAGGCCUAGUAGGGUCGAUGGGUAUCGCACACAUGAGAUACCCCACGGCUGGAUCGAGUGCGAACUCCGAGGCACAGCCGUUCUAUGUUAACAGUCCCUACGGUGUUCUACUGGGCCACAACGGUAAUUUGGUCAACACGCUUUCUCUCAGACGCUACAUGGACGAAGAUGUACAUAGACACAUCAACACCGACAGCGACUCUGAGCUACUGCUGAACUUGUUUGCAGCUGAGCUCGAGAAACACAACAAGUACCGUGUUAACAACGACGACAUUUUUCACGCAUUGGAAGGCGUGUACAGACAAUGUCGUGGUGGCUACGCCUGUGUCGGGAUGCUGGCCGGUUACGCUAUGAUUGGAUUUAGAGACCCCAACGGGAUAAGGCCGCUUUUGUUUGGUGAAAGAACCAGACCAGACGGCACCAAGGACUACAUGUUGGCGUCCGAAAGUGUUGUGUUGAAAGCCCACAACUUUACAAAAUUCCGCGACGUUGCGCCCGGCGAGGCUGUUAUCGUCCCCAAAGACUGUGGGCGCAACCCACCUGAGUUCAAACAGGUUGUUCCUGUGAACUCCAUCCGGCCAGAUCUUUUUGAGUACGUGUAUUUUGCCAGACCAGAUAGCGUGCUCGAUGGUAUCUCAGUCUACCACACAAGAUUAGAGAUGGGUAUCAAGCUUGCAGACAGCAUUCUAAAGGAGUUGAGCCGCGAAGACAUCGACGUUGUGGUCUCGGUUCCAGACACCGCUCGUACUUGUGCUUUGGAAUGUGCCAACCGUCUUCAGGUACCUUACCGCGAAGGUUUUGUCAAAAACAGGUAUGUGGGGAGAACAUUCAUCAUGCCUAAUCAGAAAGAGCGUGUUUCGUCAGUGAGACGGAAACUAAACGCCAUGGAUUCCGAGUUCAAGGGCAAGCGUGUUCUGGUGGUCGAUGACUCCAUAGUCAGGGGAACCACGUCCAAAGAAAUUAUCAACAUGGCCAAAGAAGCCGGUGCUACAAAGGUGUAUUUUGCAUCUGCGGCCCCAGCGAUCCGCUACAACCAUAUCUACGGUAUUGAUUUAGCCGACACAAAGCAGUUGGUGGCAUACAACAAAACUACUGAAGAGGUCAGCGUCGAGUUGGGCUGCGACAAAGUAUUCUACCAAUCUCUCGAGGAUCUUAUCGAUUGUUGCAAAACUGACACCAUUUCCAAAUUCGAAGUCGGUGUCUUCACCGGGAACUACGUUACUGGAGUCGAAGAUGGCUAUCUCCAAGAGUUGGAGAGGAUGCGUGCGUUGAACGCUGGCUGCAAAAGCGACGCUAAGGCUGAAUUUGACAUUGGGCUUUACAAUUCCGCUGACUUUUAA